CUGACACACCGGAAACACGUCACUUGCCGUCAGUUUUCCCGCGGUUCUGAGUGUUUGUUUGAGGGCUCUACUUUGACUCGACUGUGCUGUCUUUUCUGGUUUAUUUCUUUUGUGGUUUAUCAUACACAUCCGCAAUGACAGGCGUUUACGAGUCUCCAAAACACAGAAUCAAUGCAUCGAUGACGUCGCAGUACAUUAGUCGACCAGUCUGCUUCGUUGGACGCUUGGAAAAGGUCCAUCCAUCAGGAAAGGCUCUUACCCUGUCAGAUGGAGAAGGGAAGAUGGCAUCAGUGGAGCUCAGUGAACCUCUGGAUGAAGAGCUGAGUGGGAUUGUGGAGGUUAUUGGAAUGGUGUCCAACAAAGGAACAAUCAUGGCUGUUUCAUAUAAUCAAUAUCGCGAAGACAAAAUCCCUUUCGAUUUGGAGCUGUACAAUGAAGCGCUGAAAGUUCUUCAUGAUUAUCCACAGCAUUACCCAUUUGAAGUUUCUGUAAGCGGUUGAAACUGUUCAUGGUUUUUUACAUUUUUAUUUUAUUUGCCUUUUGUGUAAUAAGAUUUUUCCUGUGUUUGUAAAAUAUGGUAACCAUUUUGAGUAUUUGUUAACAAUCCAGUGUGUUUGUACUUUAAAUAAAACUUGUCAAAACUGUCAACCUAGUUUCCAUCCACUUUUCGCGCUGUUUUGUUAUAGACAAAGUGAAAAUGCGGUAAAUUUGUUUUGCUAAAUUUGCCAUCUUCUGCCUGUUUCCAUUCAAAUGGCCUUUUAUCGAUAAAAAUGAUGUGCGUGAUGACAUCAUGCUUAAAGUUUGUCGCAAAAGUUUUGGUUUAUCGCAAAAGAAAUCUGCCCUGAGCCGUUUCCAUACAGAAAUGUAUUACGCUAACUGUGUACUUUUCGCAUCCCAGAUGUCCCUAAUUUUUUCCCUCCAAAGUCUUUGUAAAAUGGGGAGAGUAUUGAGACAGUUAAAUGAAAUUAGUCAGCUUACUGUCAUUUUAAUUUCACAAAUAAAUGCAAUCAGAAGAGGAAUUGCGAUGAAAGGGAGCAGUUGCCCUUCUGAUAGGACUGUAUUAUUGGUCCUGAUGUUGCGCCUAUCACAGGUUGCCAUCGGUUCCGACCCGAAAGCGAAUCGUCAUGGCCCUGUUCAAGCUGGCAUCAUGUACCAAGUAGUGGGGGAAACUUUCGGUCUUAGUUUAAGGACCAUCCAUCGGGUUAUUUUUAAAAGUUUUAAAAUGUUCAAAAGCUAGUUUUCUGUAAGUGAACUCUGCAUUGGAUAAAUAGUUCUGAUAGUUUAUAGUCUUGAAAAAAGUGUAGAACAUUUUGAGAGUGUCAUUCAGCUUACUUUUUUAGUCUACAGAACAGAGUAAGGCUAAUUUAAGUUUGUGUAAAGAAAAGGCAAGUAUAUAGGCCUAACAAUGUAAUUUUUUCGUUUGGUAAUUUAUUUUUAUUUAAUGCUUUGUUUGUUAAUUUAAUGCAGUGAAUCUUGCCGGCAUUUUUUCAAAAGUAAGCAAAACAAUCCUUUUAAAGAAUUGAGUGUUCCAAAAAAGCACACUGAUGCUUUGAAGAUGCAUAGUAUUGUAUGUAUUUAUUUUUAAUUUAAAACAUCUUUGUGCACAGAAAUGUUUUUAUUAUUAUUUUCUAUUUUUAUUGUGGGCUAAUUCCAUGACUGCCAUGUAUUAUUUUGAAUGGUGUGGAAAAGCAACUUUAAUAAAUAAACGGAUGGCUUCCGCGAUUAAUCGCAAAGAGUGGCCAUCCAUUCAUUCUCCGUGCACUUUUCGAUGACAGGUGCAUGAUACGAGAUAUAUGUGUUGGCACUCCUGGAAGUGUCAUGACGCGGAUGUGUUUGCAUCAUCAGAUCUGUGCAGGUAUGCCGUUAAGAUCGAUCCAUAACAGUGUGAUUAAUGCUUCACGUACAAUAA